AUGAUCCAGUGGUACUUAAAGACUAUAUGUGCUCUAAGCAUCAUUGCAGCUGUCUACUGCCAAACUGAAACAGAACCACCAACAACUGCCACCACCAAAUCACCACCGACAACCACCGUCGUUACUUCCACGACUACAGCUUGGGAGACGGAGACGCUGAACGAAGGGCAAGCCAUACAGAAGGCGUUACAAUACCUGCUUCAGCACCGCCAGUCUGACUGGGGAUGGGGAAACGACACCCACCAUGUUAUGCUGACUCUACAGUUGGCAAACAACACUGGAAAGGAGAUAGAACAACAGGAGUUAGAAAUGCAACUGUCAGCUAAACAGAUGGAGAUCGAGAUUCUGCUCAUGAUGUCCAAGCACCACGAGUCUCCUCCUCCAUUGGGCCGCCUUGCUGCCUACACGCUGGCCUUGGGCGCUCUCUGCAAGGAUCCUCGAUCAUUCCACGGACGAGAUCUGGUAGCGGCGUUACUUCAUCGGGAACCACCGCACGAUCUUGAAUUUGCGUACGCUACUCUCGCAGCGUGUUCUUCAGCUGCCCACGUACGACGCCGCCAUAUCAGGAGGCUCUUGGAUAUUGCAAAUGCAGCCUCUGAUCAUAGUCUUGACACUAUCUCAAUGGUUAUCCUAGCACUGAGAUGCGUGGUCCAAGACCACCGGCACCGCAGCCUCAUUCACUUCGUACGACGACCCAUGGCUGGGCUGGCUCGCCAACAGCACACUGACGGCAGCUUCGGCAGUCUUACCACUACUGCGUUAGCUAUCCAGGCUCUGGAAGACUCAGACAGCGGUCCCGGUGCGCAUCAACAUUGGAGCUUCCCUGCAGCUCGCAAAUGGCUUCUGGAGAGGCAGAACGCAGAUGGCGGUUGGGGCGAUGUGGCAAAGACUGCUGCUGCGGUUGCAGCACUCACACCUGCUUCUUUGGCUGUCGUCAGACCCCCGCAUUGCAGUGAUAAGCUUUUAGACAGUCGACAUGAGCCUUUCGAUAGCAACGGUGGUGACGGUACCCUUAAGCUGGCCUACCAGUCAGGCAGCACAAGCAACGAUUCUGAAGCUCGCAACGUAUCGUUCACCUACACCCUGUGGCUUGGCACCAAUGUCACUGACAACUACACGCUGCACAUGGUGGCCCCUAGGAACGUAUCUUUCUACCACGUGAUGCAAAUGGCUGCGGAGCACAACCCCAAGUUCAAGUUUGAAGCCAGCGAGUGGCCUAACGGUCACUACGUCCAUACACUAGCGGGUCACAAAGAGGAGCCUAUGGGCUACCAUUACUGGCUGCUGUACCGUCUUCCUGAGAUACCUGACCCCGCCAGCCCCCCUGGCAACCAACUCGUCGCUCCUGUUGGUGUCGACGAUUUGUUAGUAGAAGACGGCGAACACUAUCUGUUUUGGUACAAGAAGCUGUAA